AUGGCGGUGCUUUCGCCGAAAUUCUGUCAAAGGGGGCCAGAGCCAUCGGCAACUACUCACUCUUGCUCCAUCGCUGAUUCGACACAUCUGAAGGUGACUUUGUUUGGAGGCCUAGAGUCUUGGGCUGGCCAGCCAGAAGCGUGGACUGCAGUGGGCAGACUUGCCAUUGUUUCCUUCGUCCCUUUGCUGUUUGGCUCUUCAGAGGAUAAACGAAAGAGCCGAAGUUCCCGGACCUGCCGGAAAAGCGCCAAAGUGGAGCGCACCGCGAAUGUUCAGCGAAUCAGGCUGGAUGAGGAAGAGACUAUCGGUUUCCGAGAGGAUUUCUUCCAAGUCUUUGAAGAGAAGGACUUCCUUUGGAAUGCCUUGAAAGAUCCUCUGUGCACCGAGAAAGCCGUGGCUCGCAGUUUCAAACUGGUGAUGAAGUGGCUUCCUGAGGAGGCCCUGUUUCAAGUCCUUCGGCUUUUUGUUGAUGCUCGCGCAGCGCCAGCAAUUUUGAUCUCUGGCCUUGCGCUUGACAGUGACAUUCCUCCGACGCCGGCCCUUCCUGGAGAUUUCCGUCUUCCGGUCAGUGAGGCGUGGCUCUUGGGUUUGGCCCGGUGUUUGGGAGUCCCUUAUGGGAUGCUCGGGUUCUACUCUGACAACGCCAGGGGAGGAUUGAUUCGGGACCUCUCUCCAAAACCAGGUCUUGGAGGCAUUAAUCAGCCGCACAUUGAUCUGGGCUUGCAUCGCGAUGUCCCUGCGUGUGUCUCAGGGGCAGCGAACGAACCUGAGGGUUUUAUUCUAUUGGCUUUGCGUGGAGAUCCUCAGCAUGGUGCGCUGACGCGGAUUUGCAGCUCGCAGCACCUCGUGGCCUGCUUAGAGCCCUGGCAAGUUCGAGCAUUGCGACGUAGCCCAGUACAAACCCAAUGCGUCAGGACGGACAGCCUCUCUCCGUAUGGCAAGCCGUUCUAUGCAAUAGCAGGGUCUGAGGAAGAUCCCAGAGUCACCUUCUUCUACAUUCCAGAUCACCAGGACUUUUCCUACCGCAUUGUCAGCGAUGAUGCGGAGACAGAGGCUGCUUAUCAACACGCUUUGAACAUGGCCACAGAUCUCGCGGACAAGGUGGAUUUGCAGGCUGGUGAUGCGCUCCUGAUCAACAAUGCUCGCUGCAACCAUGGGCGAACGGCCUUCGAACCACAACUGGACGGCUCGGACCGUUGGCUGCUCAAAACGUUCGUUACAUCAGGCUGGCGACAAGUUGGCGCCCCUGUGUCUUCAAAAAGGCCUCUUGUUUGGCCGAACUUGCUGGUGAAGCCGUGA